AUGGCUCCCCAUGGCGACAAAUCGGACGCUGCAGACGAAACCAUGGUUGCUGAAGCUGAGAAGCGCCCCAUUUCCACCAUCCUCAUCGUAAUGGCUAUGCAGAGUGAAGCUCUUCCUGUGGUGAGCAAGCUUAACCUCUCAGAGGAUCUUCAGUCUCUAUUCCCGAAAGGGGUGCCUUGGGUCCGGUAUCGCGGUUUUUACAAGGAUCUUAACAUUAAUCUAGUUUGGCCUGGAAAAGAUUCAUCUUUGGGGGUUGAUUGUGUAGGCACGGUUCCUGCAUCUCUUGUGACCUAUGCUUCCAUUCAAGCAUUGCAGCCAGACCUAAUUAUCAAUGCAGGCACUGCUGGUGGCUUUAAGGCCAAAGGAGCAUGCAUUGGUGAUGCGUAUGUUGCAUCUGAGGUUGCUUUCUGUGAUAGAAGGAUACCUAUUCCUGUUUUUGAUCUAUAUGGACUUGGCUUGCGACAAGCCUUCUCAACACCCAAUCUUCAAAAGGAACUUAACCUAAAGGUUGGCAAACUGUCUACUGGUGACUCUCUACAUAUGUCCACACAGGAUGAAGCAUCAAUGGUUGCGAAUGACACUGUAGUUAAAGACAUGGAGGCUGCAGCUGUUGCCUACGUGGCAGAUCUGUUGAAAGUACCCUCAGUAUUUCUUAAAGUUGUGAUUGAUAUAAAAGAUGGUGAGGAAACAACUGCAGAAGAAUCUUCGCAAAGCUUCGCAGCUCUUGAACGUGCAGUCACCCAAGUUAUUGAUUUUAUUAAUGGAAAGAGCCUCUCAGAUCUUUGA